GCGAACCUUAGAGAAGGCACGGCCGCUACGCUUCUGGUUGAGGCUGUCUCCAGGAGUUUCGGAGACUCUUCGGUUGUUCAAUGUCCACUUUUGAAUUGACACUUGGAUUGGAGACCUAGGGACAGCCAAAGCAACGACUUCUUUCCCUGUGGGCAUCAAGCAUACGUGGUAGUGAUCGAAGUAUUUCAGUGAAUCUUCGAGCCAUGGCACCCGGAAAUGGCAAGCUUGGCCCAGUCAAGACGGGCGAAAUCGAGCUGUUGUUUAGAAGUCUCAAAGAUCCUGCGUCACACCCACGAUAUGAUGGCGACGAACACUCAGUAAAAGUGCUACCAGUGGGGUUCAAGAAGACGCCUGAGAAUCGCGCUUUCUCAACGCAGACAAUCUUUGAGAAGAACGUCGACAUUAGAGUGCGAGAUGGCACCAUCCUCAAAUGCGACAUAUUCAGGCCCGACGCAAAGGAGACUGUGCCGGUGUUGUUGCCUUGGAGUCCUUAUGGGAAGUCGGGUCGAGGAAUGAAUUUGACAGACAUGCCGGGCAGUAUGGGUAUCCCAAAGUCAAAUCUCUCUGGGUUUGAGAAAUUCGAAGGUCCAGACCCUGCUGAGUGGACAAAACGAGGUUAUGCAGUGGUCAACAUUGACUCGAGAGGCUCAUGGGAUUCUGAGGGUUACCUAUGCUGGGCCGGAGACCAGGAAGGUCGUGACGGGUAUGAUGCUAUCGAGUGGAUCGCGAGUCAACCCUGGUGCAACGGUAGUGUCUGCUUGAUAGGGAAUUCUUGGUUGGGUCGCUCGCAGUGGUACAUUGCUGCUCAAAGACCUCCAUCUCUCAAGUGUAUUGCCCCUCUGGAGGCUUCCACUGAUCUUUAUCGAGAAAUCCACGUCAGGGGUGGAAUUUCAUGUGAGCCUUUCCUGGAAUGGAUGAUGAACGGCUUCCACGGUAAAGAAAGACUGGAGGACCCUGUCGCCAUGCUGAGAAAAUACCCCGUUAUUAACGACUAUUGGCUUGACAAGAGAGCAAAGAUCCACCAAAUCGAGGUACCUGCAUAUGUGUUAGCCAGUUAUUCAACAAUGCUACACUUGCCUGGUAGCCUGCGUGGCUUUGAGGAACUCCCAAACCAGAACAAGUGGCUUCGAAUCCACACGACACAAGAAUGGCACGAUCUCUAUCAGCCAAGCAACAAUGAUGAGCUUCAACUCUUUUUCGACCGUUACGCAAAGGGCAUCGACAAUGAGUUGGAAAAGCUUCCCAAAGUCCGAAUUUCACUCCUGGGUUAUAAUCUACCGAACAUUGUAAACCUACCAGUUCCCAGCUGGCCAGUCUCGGGGACUACAUACAAGACCAUGUUCCUAGCUCCUGGAGAACGGCUGUUGGAGAAUUCGCCUUCAGAAAAAGCUGUUGUGCAGUACCAAUCCGACCUGCCGGCCUUCCAAAUGGACAACGACCCGGGAGAAGUGCGUUUCAGAUAUACCUUCACCAGACGGACGUAUCUCCUUGGUGCGCCAAAGACGGUCCUAUGGAUGUCUUGCGAUGAUGCCGAUGAUAUGGAUAUCUUUUUGCAGAUUCGCAAAGAAGAUGCAUCGGGCAAGAUGUUGCAGUAUCACAAUAUUCCGAAAGAAGAUAUAGAAGCCCAAGGACUUUCAGACGACAAUUUGCCAAUGGUAAACACUCUCGUGUAUCUCGGUCCACAUGGUCAGAUCCGAGCCAGUCAUCGCGCAAUCGAUGAGAAGCUCUCGACGCCACACUUCAUCCGACACAAGCAUCUUGUCGAGGAAAGAAUCCCGCCUGGAACAGUUGCUCGUAUAGAGACAAGUAUAUGGCCUGGUGGGAUCGUUUUUGAUGCCGGAGAGUCUAUUGUCCUGAAGAUAUCAGGCCACCCAAUGUAUCUUGCCGAGUUCCCGACGUUGCGAGGAGAGUUCAAGGCGCGAAAUACGGGCAAACACAAUGUACAUACUGGAGGUUCCCAAGGAAGCUACGUAGUACUUCCGUUUAUUGACUUGUAG